GUCAUGAGAACCUCCACGUCCAUCAGUUUCUCAGUUCUUGGUCUUUCAGCACUGUGGCUGAUGGAGAACUCGCUGGCUGUUAACAUCACUGGAUCUGUGGGAAGCAACAUCUCAGUCAGCUGCAGCUAUCCUGAAACCUAUGAGAACAACAGCAAGUACUUCUGCCAGAUGAGUGGCUCAUUUGCUCCAGGAGAUCUUCAGUGUGUUCACACCACCCAACCAGAGACGAGGUCUGAACGAGGGAGAGUCGCUCUUCUGGAUGACACCAGUGCUCAUCUUCUUACAGCAAACAUCUCUAGACUGGCUCCAGAAGACUCGGGAAAGCACUGGUGUGGUGUGGAUAUCGCUCUGCUGCCAGAUUUCACCUCAGAGAUCUGGAUAACAGUCACCAAAGGUGAGAUACACAAUAGCUGA